GUUUUUAGUUAUCGAAAUUUACGUUAAAAACAGAAUCUAUAACGUAUAAUAUUAAAAUUUUCACGAUUUUUACUUUUUUUUUUUCAAAUACUCACUCUAACGAGAAUGUCGGAGAAUAAUAAUUAUAUUAUUUUCAUCGUGGUUUGCUUUAUGGUCUGCACAAUUAUUAUACGAGCGGAGCGUAUUAGCAGUGUCAUUAGAGGAACCGAGUACGAAGAAAAUCUACGGGUAGUCCAAAGAAUACUCGAUUCGCGAUAUUGGAUUGCCAAAAAUAACAUCGGCGCAAACAUCAUAGCUCAGCAGGAGAUAUAUAACGGUAAACGAAUAACAAAGUUUACGGACUUCACGAAUGAUGGCACGCUAGAAGUGACAGACGCCAUUAAUACCCGUAAGGGUUGGUACAAAUUAUCAGGUGUGAUGUACACUGCAAUCGGGUGCAAAUGCGGUGAUACACUCAAACGUUUAUUCGGCAAGGUAAUAAAAGUACCUAUAGGCAAUGCCCCAAUUGAUGAAAUUAACUAUACCGUAUUGAAAAUUAUAUCAGUACUACUCGAAAUGACAUCUAUAGUACCGAACUUGGUUUAUCAAGAGCCAGGGGGUUUUCUGACAGUAGCGUUAUCGUUAAAUAUACACCUGAAUAGAUUAAUCCGUAUCAGACAUGAAGCAAUUAACCUGAAAAUGCUCAAUGAGUACCAUGCGGAUCAUGUAUAUAAACGAAUGAUUGCAGCACAGUUGAAUACAAUUGAACGUUUCGCUAUUUUCAAUUGCUCCUUAGACGACUACAAUAAUGGUGGCAAUGAAGACGAAGAGAAUAUAUCGAACAAAAACACGAGGAAUGAAAUUAUAAAUAUAUUAGAAGAUAUAGACAAUAUACUUUACUGGACUGGUUGUCCGACACACGGGAUUUCGGAUAUACUGUAUUCAACUCACAGUCCGUAUGCACAUUUUCACGUCAUAAUUCUUCAAAUAAUCGAAAAAUUACGACCCAUAAUAAAAAUCGAUGAGUCGUUAGAGGACAAAAUCGUAAAAGAGUCGAACGAAAUCAGUGAUAUACUGUUGUAUAUGGAUUUUAUACUUGAUUCGAUAAUGAGAAUCGUUUACCAAUCUACUUUGAACAUUUUAAAAAUAGUUGAAGAUUACCAAAACAUCGGGACUGAAAUGCACAAAAAAAAUUUAGAGUCUACGAUCAACAUCUGGACUAACAUAAAUGUAACAAUGAUUUACGAUGAGUUGUCAUUACUUAUAACGUCCCUGAAUUUUUCAAUGUCUGUUGUUUAUCAUAUCGAUUUACUAUCGCGAAUAGUGAGAAACAUUAUUGAUUUAAAGGACAUUUAUGAUUUGAUGUUAUUAAAAAAGAAAAUUGAAGAAGUCUUAAACGCCAUUUAUGUUAAAAAAUAUCCCGCCGGACUGAUGUUGAUGUCUAGCAUAAAUCAGUACGAAAUUAAUUUGCAUGAGUUUUUAAUUAAAAUAUUGUCUAUAGACGAAUUUAAUUAUUUCAAUCGUCUUUUGAAACUAUUGCAACCAUACCAUAAUGUAAAAUACAAUGAUAUGUUCGAAACGAAAUUAAACGAAAUGAAGUAUUCCGUCGUAUAUAGUACGAGCAGUAAGGUUAAGGAUUUUUGUGUAUCGAUCUCAGUGAUGUCCUUAGAUNUCUCCGGCAUUUUGGACACAUUUAUGGAUAUGUGGCAAGAAAUUAAAAAUUCUGAGAAUUAUGAAAACGAAAAUCACAAAAUAAUUAUUUCCUACGCGAUUCAGUUUUUACGAAAUAACUUAUCGAAUUAUGUCGCCGAAGAUGGAGGGGAAAAGCUUCAAAGAAUAGAGUACUUUAUCACAAAUCUUUUUGAUAAAUAUAUAAUUUAUAACUGUAUAAACCCGUUAACCCGAAGUGAUCUACAUCAAUCAUACAAACAAACGAAAUCCUAUAGUUCCAAUCGAAAAAUAUUAGAAAUUAAAUCGGAAACUGAUUCUAAUAUUCCAGUAUUGUCUUCUGCCAAUAAGGAUUCUUCCAAAAAAAAAAAUUUGCGAGGUCUUUUGCAGAAACGUAACCGCAAAGAUGAAAAAUCCAAUGAAGGUAUAAGACCUGUAGUUGUAAGCCUAGAAAAACUCAUAAUUAUGUCGAUUGAUGGGUAUGUAAAAGAAAUGGGUGAAACUGCUGAAAAUUUUAAAUUCUUCUGGAAAGGGAAUAAAAUGACAAUCAUCGAAAUAUUUGAUGACAUUAACGAAAAGAACAUGUUUCAUUUGUCUUUUUUCGUUAAUUACAAAAGCAUAUUUCACAAAUGGAUUGUGUCUUCGUUGUUUUAUGAUAUUAUCGAUAUCCUUCGGUAUUUUUCGAGGACAAAGCAAUACGAAGAGCUUGUUCACGAAUCGUUUUCGAUAUACUUAAGAAAUUUGAGUUACAUCGAUUUUCCCGAUCACUAUUUACCCAUCAUUAAUACUAUCUCCAGUGUCGGAAACGUUUAUCAACAAGUAGAUAAUAUUUCAUUGCGUAUACUGUUGGAACAAAAUUUAAUAGAAAAUGGUGCUUUUCUUUUAUUAGAUAGUUUUAAUCCGAAAGAAAAUUCUGCAGACUAUUAUCUUAACAAGUUAGAUCACAUUUUCAAUAUAUUGUGGAAAGUCUUCAACGUAAAUCCAACAUUGGAUUGGAAAAUUGAACAAAAUUUUAAUUCAUCUUUACAAGAUAAAUUUGACAAAUAUCCAUUAUGGUUGACGAAGAAGUCCCCUGAGAUCUCAAAUAAAGUUAAACCAUGGAAAAACCAAAACAAUUUUNAUAGUUUUAAUCCGAAAGAAAAUUCUGCAGACUAUUAUCUUAACAAGUUAGAUCACAUUUUCAAUAAAUUGUGGAAAGUCUUCAACGUAAAUCCUACAUUGGAUUGGAAAAUUGAACAGAAUUUUAAUUCAUCUUUACAAGAUACAUUUGACAAAUAUCCAUUAUGGUUGACGAAGAAGUCACCUGAGAUCUCAAAUGAAGUCAAACCAUGGAAAAAUCAAAACAAUUUUCCCAAGAUUCCAAAAUUUUUAUCGUAAUUGUUAUGUUGGAAAACUUUGAAAGUAAUCUUCGAUUCAUUUAUUACAUAUUUAUUCUUAAAAAAUGAAAUAAAAUAAUAAAUACAUUGAUGUCAUUAGAAAUUAGUGUAUAAAAC